AUGGGGCUCAGCUGUACUGGUCAUGAGGAGAUAGAAGUGCCCUUUCCUCUUCUGAUUGUUGUUCUCUCCUUACUUUCUCCCAACGAGGACCAGAACCUUCUCCUGGCAGCUGCCUAUGUUUCUGAUGCCCAGUACAACAGAAACGUUCCAUUUGAAACGUCUCCUCGGGCCAUCAGACUUUACUAUUUUUAUAACCACUGGACAAUGCAAGUAGCCAUCUACUUCUUUAUUUGUGUCGACCUCUCUCUCGCCCUGUUUGAAGAACCGGCACUGUUUCCCCUGCCUUUCUUGGCUACCUCGUUAGCAGAAGUACUCUGUCUGACUGCAUUCUUUGCGAGACUUGUACAUUUUGCAAAAGUCACUCCUCAAAUGGUUUUCUGGAAGGAUACGAAAAACAUCUGCAUCAUGGUAACCAUCGUGCUGACCUUGAUUGAUCUGAUUAUCUAUGGGUCCCUGGAAGCUGUGAACGUCCACAGCGUUCGAUGGUCAAGGGUCUUAAGACCAGUCUUCCUAAUUAACUUCCCUGAAAGUCGUCAGAUCCGAAGAACUUUCAGAAGCAUCCGGAACACUCUGCCCGAUAUUCUCUACGUCUUCCUCCUGUUUAUGUUCAGUGUGCUGAUAUUCUCCCUUAUGGCCUUGAAGCUUUUUGGGGAUAGGGGUCUUAAAACAGUGGAAGGAUUGCCCUACUUCACAAAUAUCCUGGACAUAGUGUUUGAGCUCUACGUGCUGGUCACUACCGCGAACAGCCCCGAUGUCAUGAUGCCUGCCUAUAACUUCAAUUGGUGGUACUGUCUGUACUUUAUAACCUACACCAUCAUCAAUACCUACAUCUUCAUGUCCGUCUUUCUGGCCGUGGUCUACAACAAUUAUAGGAAGCACUUAAAGAAUGAGAUUCGCAAACUGGCGUACCUGAAACGUCACAAAAUGAUAGAGGCGUUCAACAUUCUGAAAGUCAAGGUGGGCACAGAGUUUGUGGUCAUGGAGGCCCAGUGGAGGCGGCUGGCCAAGGUCGUGGCACCACACAUCAGCGGUCCCCACCUGGAGCUCCUCUUGAGGAUCUCCGACGAGGGACAGAAGGGGCACGUGGACAAAGUGAACUUUCUACGCUUGGCCGAUCUCCUCAACAUUCAGGUGGUCACCAUCAACAUCAGGAGACACCCACUGGAAGACUGGAUGCCUCGGGUAUACCGGUCAUCUGCAAGCCUCUUGGUCCAGAGGAUGGUUCAGCACAGGAUUUUUGUCUGGGUUUAUGAUGUCAUCAUUCUAAUAAAUGCCAUAUUCAUUGCUCUGGAUGAGAGAAACCCCUUCAUUUCCUACGCAGAAUGGCUUUUCCUUUCUCUCUACAUUAUUGAAAUUCUCCUGAAACUGUACACAUACGAGCCCAGAGCCUAUUUUGACAGAAGGCAGUUCUGGAACUGGUUUGAUACGCUGAUCAUCAUCGCGGCCCUGGUGGCCACUGUGGCCAACACCACCAUUCAGUCAGCAGGAAAAUACAACAGUCAGCAGAUACUGGAUAUUGUGUUGAUCUUGAGGAUACUCCGGCUCUUAAGGAUCAUUGUCAGCAUUCAGAGGUUCCGGGUCAUCGUGACGACCUUAAUUAACAUUGGGCCCACGAUACUGACGUUCGGUGGACUCGUCUUGGUGGUCUACUACGUGUUCGCUAUCAUCGGGAUGGAAGCAUUCCAUGGCAAAGUCCGGUUCUCUGACCCGAAUUUCACCAGUCCUGAUGCUCUGGUGUGUGGGAACCCAGCCUUGAAAGAUUCAGCAUUUGCCCGAGACAGGUACUGCAAGAACAACUUCAACGACCUGGCCUCCUCGUUCAUCGUGCUGAUGGAGCUCACGGUGGUUAACCAGUGGCACAUUCUCGCGGGCGGCUUUGCCCUCGUGACUCACCAGGCGGCAAAGCUGUACUUCAUCGGCUUCCACAUCGUGGUCGUCAUUCUCAUCGUUAAUAUUUUCAUAGCAUUCAUCUUGGAGGCAUUUUUUGUGGCAUAUUCCUUAGAGAAAAGUGAAGUGGAAACUGCUAUCGAGAAGAAGAUUCAAGAGCUCGGAGUGGGAAUCCAAGAAGAAGAAAUGCAGGACAGGAAGCUCGUUGAUAACAUGGAUGCUAAGGACAGUGGCUUUAGUGGGGACGAUGGAGACAACAAAAGGAAGGACCUGAAAGGCUUGUACUUCAGAAUUGCAUCCAAAAAGUACAGGACCGUGGACGCCUUGCUGCAGCAGAUGUUUGAGUCUGAGAUUGCCCCAGAGGAGGAAGGCCCUUCGUUGGAUGAGAUUCUGAACUUUUCACCCGGUGACCUGUAUCCCAAGAAUCCCAAUUUCGAAAACAGUGCAUGAUCCUGGACCUUUAAGGGUGCACACGUGGAAACCAAGCUAGGCGGCCAUCCCUUCUGGCUUAUUCUAUCUAGAGGUGAUUUUCCCAGCCCAGGUCGCUCUGUGCUGUGACCAGCCUGCGCAUCGGCCCCUCCUGCCCUGAGCAACCAGCUGAAAGGUGUGGAAAGGCUGCUUCCGAGUGCCCCGCCUGGGGUUGUUCUGAGGUCUGAUCAGGGCAGUAAGGAGGGGGAAAUCUUGGAAGAGAUUUUGAGGGGCACUGAUCAUACACAUGGACCUACACGUGUGACGCCCCUUCAGUGGGUGUGUAAAAGCUUUUCAUUUAUUUUUAUGUGAUAUUAUGCGAUUCUAUUAAAUCACAUGCUACAGUGUUACGUGAAUGAAUUUUGAAUAUUUACAUAUGGUAAAGGAGUAUAUCUAAUACAGUAGCUUUUAGAUGUGGUGUUUAUUCAAAAUGAAGGAAAACAUGAAUGCGAAAAUAAAAUUCUGUCACAGUUGCUUCUUUUUCCA